AUGAUGAAUCGUCGUGCAUUGAGUGUUGUUGCCUCCGCUUUGGUCAACAAGUCAUCUCGUAGUAGAAUGGGGGCAGCAGCCACUUCCUUGUUCUCCUCCUCAUCCUCUUCCUCCUUCAAUAAUACAACACCAGCAGCAACAUUUGGAUGUUUGAGUGUUCCGAGCACAAGGUAUUAUAGUCGUAAAUCACACAUGAAAACAGCCAUGUAUUUGGAAACUUAUUUACAUGAAGCUUUUAUUUCUAGUAUUGAUGAAUUGGCAGUCUCUGUCAAUGGAAAGGAUGCUCAUACUAUUAAUUGGCAUGAAUUCCACGCAAAGUUUGAAGCUUUAAAGGCUUCUUUGAAGGCACAAUCUAAGCUUGAAGAUCUUGGUUGGGUUCCUGCUAUUCAUGAAUUUAUUUCAACAAGUGGAAAGGAACAUAAGGAUUUGCAAUUACUUUCCGAUUUAAAGUCAAGCCACAUUUUGGAACAUCAAGCUAUUAAUCAUAUUGAACAUAUUAUCAAACAUCAUCAACAUCAUCAAGGACCAACCCACAACAAGAUGGAUGAAUUGAAGAAUCACCUCGCUGAAUUGAGAAAGGUUGUUGAAGAUCACUUCCAAACCAAGGAAAAUAUUGUCGUGCCAUUAUCUGAACAAGUUCUCUCAAAGGAAGACCUUAGAAGUAUUCAAGAACAAGCUUUUGCAAAGCUUUUGGAAACAGACCAAAACGCCCAUCAAGUUCUUCACUAUUAUUCAUUCUCUAAGAAUUCUUUGGAUUUGACUGAAGCUAUGGUUCGUGAAGUUUUGGCUGCCAGAUCUGAAAAUAAGACUAAGGCUGAUGCCAUCUUGACUGAAUUCAAGAAGCACAUGCCACAAGAAGUUUGGCUUCAAGUUGUUGAAAGAAUUCCAGAAGUUAAAUCUCUCUAA